CACAAUUUGGGGGUCUUUUCAGCCCCUGAAACUUCCAGGUUUCGUCAGGCCUGGGGGUUCCGCUCCGAAAACUAUAGGGGAGCCAUCUCUCCCACUGCCCCCUUCUCUGCAGGGUGAAUCCUCGCCUCAUCCCCUGCGUCUCCUCUGCUCCCUUUCCCCUCUCCCUUUGGGUCUCUGUUCCCUUCACCCUUUUCUGUCUCCCCUUUAUGAGUUCUCUUCCUUUUUCAGCUUUCUCCCGGUGCCGCAACCCGUUAUCCUCCCGAAACCGAAGCUUUGGAACCAUUUUCCCGCCUCCCCGUGAUGGCUGCAGAGCGCUGUAGUGAGCGCUUGUCAAAUUGUCUCCUGGCAGCUGGGACCAUGACCCUCACUAAAGGCUCCUUCACCUACUCCAGCGGAGAAGAGUAUCGCGGCGAAUGGAAGGAGGGCCGCAGGCACGGCUUCGGUCAGCUGCUGUUUGCAGAUGGUGGCACCUACCUGGGUCAUUUUGAGAACGGGCUCUUUAACGGCUGCGGGGUGCUGACCUUCUCCGAUGGCUCCAGAUACGAGGGGGAGUUUGCCCAAGGAAAGUUCAACGGCGUCGGAAUCUUCAUUCGUCAUGAUAACAUGACCUUCGAAGGGGAGUUUAAGAAUGGCAGAGUGGAUGGCUUUGGGCUGCUGACCUUCCCGGAUGGCUCCCACGGGCUGCCCCGCAACGAGGGCCUGUUUGAGAACAACAGACUCCUGCGGCGUGAGAAGUGCGCGGCCGUGCUCCAGCGGGCCCAGAGCGCCUCCCAGGCAGCCCGCGGCCUCCCGGCCUGAGGCGGCCCGAGCCGGCGCCGAGGGCCAGUCCGGAGCGGCGGCUGGAGGGUGCCACGGGCCAGUCCGGAAAGGCCCCGGGUGGCCGUCCUCUCCAGACGGAGCUGGGCGCGGGGCGUGCAGGGGCCUCGUGUCUCCGCGUGCCCGUUUACCCGGACGCCCCUCCGGAAGUUGGACCGAGGGAGCGGAUCAGCCAAUACCCCCCCUUCCAGAACGUCGGAUCCUACGGAUGGUGGGGCGGCGGCACCGGGCUCCCCCCUGCGCCCGCUGCCCAGCAGAGCACGGCCCUCUCUCCCUCGCAGCCGUGCUCUCCACUGCCUCCGGACGCCCACCGCCUUCACCCUCCUCUGUCUCCUGUGUGUGAGACCUCCAUCCCACCUCUGGUCCCUCCUUGCCAACAAGCCAGUGCCUUGUGCCGCCCCGGAGAGGCAGGGCAGAGCUACGUGCCGAGAGAAGGCACGCGGCCUCCCUGCGGGCCAGCCUCAGAGUCUUUACCUUUAUCCUCGUUGCCUGCUACCGCUUGGAACCCAGGACCCUCGGCCACCAGGGCCCUGGCUGGGCCACUGCCGGACUCACCUCUUCAAACUGGCCACCUCGCCUUCGUCCCGCAAGCGUCGGCUCCUGGGGGCUCCGGGGGACGGGGGCAGGGUCGCCUCACCUCCCCCUUGCCCUUAUCUAGCUGAACGUCCCAUCGGAGGUGCUGCUCUGCCUCCGGCUUCUCUUCUCCCUGGGCCUGGGGGCAACGGUGCAGUUGGGAAAGAAACACUCCCCAGAGCUGUUGGCUUGCGGCCACCCGGCAUUAUUGUACUCUCGGGCAGGAGAGUGCCCAAGUCUGGCCCUAGCCGAUGCAGUGCAGGCUAGAUUUGGCCACUGAGCACAGCCAAAUUAGCUUACAGUGCCACCCUGCCGAUUGCGGGAACUCCUUGGCUUUCCCUGGCCCCUCUGGGCACCUCCUGCUCCCCCCGCCCUCCGCCCCUCCUCCGGCCCCACCACACUUCAGGACCAAGCCCUGAAUAAUGGGAUCUUUUCCCCCUGGGAAGAUGACAGCUAGAGGGUCGGGGGAGAGGGGAGAACCCCGCUCCAUUUUUUUUCCUCUCUCCCUGCUGCCCACCUUCUUCCUUCUUUUUCCCUAUCACUCCCUAGGGGCAGAAGGAGAGUCUUCCUCGGGCCUGUCUGCACACUAGCUGGGUGUCUUUUGGCCUGCCAUCCUCUUGCCCCGCCACGUCCUAGAGAAACCUAGAAUUAGAACCCAAGACCUUCGGAUUCCGGACCGUGCUCUACCCACCAUGUUCUCGUUAGCGUGCACACGGCUGGACUGGACCAUUGGAAGGAGCUGACCGCAGAGGGAAGGCUUGAGCGAGGCCAAAGGGCACUUCCUUAUUCCCUGGGUCCCUGACCUUUAGGUGUGCAGCCUGCUCUUGGCCUGCCCUUCGCUCGCAGAGGGAAGUUCCCAGCAGCUGAUGGGGCAGAGGUGCUCCAGCCUCUUGUUAGUUCCCUCCUGGAGAUUCCCUGCUGUCUCCAAGUGACUUGGAUUUUCAGGAAGGAUCCGGGCGGGGGGCAGGGACUCUCCCAACAUCCCAAAAGGAGAAGGAAUUAGUAUCACUUGCAGGGGCUCCUUGCGUUGAGUUGGAGGCAGAUGUGAGCAGAGGCAAAAUAGGAUAAGAUAUACCGCUCCCAGACUCGUCCUCUACUCUCCCUCCCCUCCACCCUGCCCCCUAGACUCAUAAUGUCGUUGAGCCAUUUUGGGAUGGGAAGAUGCUAGCAACCAGUCCCACCACCCCCGGCCCCAUCCUGGCCUCAAGGGUCAGGUCUCCACUGUUCAUCCUGUUCAUCCAAGAGGCCUUCAGAUCUGCUGCAGCCUGAACCCGCCCCUCUUCAUCCCCUUUAGCCCUUUCCUUCCCCUCAACUUGUCCCUCCCUCAACAACUACUGAAUGUCCCCUCUGAAACAGAGAAAUACUGGCCAUGCGCCUCUAUUUCUGGACUGUACUGUGGUAUUGUACUGUCGGAAAAUAGUGUUGGAAAUAAACAAGUCAUCCAAAAUG